CAAUGACAAUAAAUGUGAACUACUAUGAUAAAUAAACCUAACCGCACACAACACAAGUAGAUAAUCGUAAAAAAUGUCUCGCUACGAUUCGCAUAGUGAAGGUCCAGGUUUUGUCGGUAUACGUUUUUGUCAGGAAUGCAACAACAUGCUGUACCCGAAGGAAGACAAGGAGAACAAAAUCUUGAUGUACGCCUGCAGGAAUUGCGAUUAUAAGCAACACGCUGAUUCGAAAUGCAUCUACGUUAACAAAAUUAUGCACGAAAUUGAUGAGCUGAUGCACAUCGUUCCCGACGUGAUAUCGGAUCCCACGUUACCGCGAACCGAAGACCAUCACUGCCCCAAGUGUCAUCACAGGGAGGCGGUAUUUUUCCAAGCGCAGACGAGACGAGCUGAAGAAGAAAUGAGGUUGUAUUACGUUUGUACUAAUCAGCACUGCGCCCAUAGAUGGACCGAAUGAGUUCGAUUUAAUAAAUAUGUUUCCUAUAA